AUGGGCCAAAAAAUACAUCCGCUUGUUUUCCGACUUGGUGCAACUCAAAGUCAUUAUUCUAUUUGGUUUGCAAAACCAAAAAUGUAUUCCGAGAAUGUAAAAGAAGAUAAAAUUAUACGAUAUUGUAUCAAUAAUUUUAUACAAAAAACGGUACCCGAAUCCUGUGAAUUCGAGACCGAUAUCUCUGGCUAUGGAAUGGGACGAAUAAAGAUUCAAAAAAGAAUCGAUCUGAUUAAAGUGAUAAUCUAUAUGGGACUUCCAGACUCCUUAAAAUAA